AUGUCGCAGGCAAAGAUUCAAGUAGCAAUUAAAAAUAAAGAUAAAUCCGAGGAAGCAUUUUUGCAUUUCCAAAGGAUUACUACCUAUUUACAUAAGAAAUUCGAUAUAAUGAUUGGUGAACAAAGGGAAGAAAUUGAUUUAGGAAAAGGCUUUCAAGCCGAAUUUUAUCUGUAUUUGUAUGAUAAAAAUGGAAAUCCAAUAAACCAAGCUGACCUCGUGAAUGAGGGUGUAACUGCUAAACUGCAAGUAUUCGUUACCAAAAAUAGUGAUAAAUUUCCGGACAAAGUGAGCGAACUUACUUGCCGAUUAAAAGAAAUAAAAAAUUGUGAGCAAACGAGCGACGGAAAACUCAUAAUUACCGCUGAUGACCAAGAAAAGGAAAAAAUCCUAGACCGUAUUAAUAAUGUCAAUGGCAAACUUGUGGCAAACAAUUUUGAAAAUGAAAUCGGUGGCGACGGUCGUUUACUAGAAAAAGGUAGCGAUAUAAGAUUUAAAAUAGAAAAAGACCAAGCCGAUGGAAGAGGAGUUCGGUCCAAUCAAAGCUGGGCAAAAAGACAUCCAAAAGAUUUCUGGCAAAAUGAUCGAAAUCGACCUAAUUUGAAAUCGUCGGAUUCAGCUAAAUUUGAAAAAGGAAAUGCUAAAAUUUGUUCCUCCACAAACUACCAGCGAACCGAGAAAGUGGAAAGGAUGACAAAUCGGUUUAAUGAUUGGCGGUCCAAUUGUUCUUUUAGGAAUUAUUUUCCUUAUUUUCCACCGACAAAUCAAAGAUUGAUGAAGAAAAAGAAAAAUCUUAUCCUCAUUAAUGAAGAAGAAAGCCAACAAUUGAAUAAGCAAUACCGCCAAAAAGACUACCAAGCUGAUGUUUUAGCGUUUCCUUUUGCUCGUCUUUACCAGGAAAAAUUGGCUGAUUGCGAAGAUUUAGGCGACAUUUUUCUUUGCUAUCCUUUGAUACAAAAACAAACCUGA